CGAGCGAAGCUUGCAAGCGGAGACGUUAAUUAUUUUUUUGGAGGGUCCCUGGGGUACGGUAGGGGCCAGCUUCUAGUGGAUGUGUUGGCGUCAGCACCUUGUUUUUUUAGAGGCCUGAAUGCGGAUAAGAGUACGGGUGUCGAGGGGAAUCAGAUACAGCAUCAGGAGCUGUAGAGAAGACGAAAAUAUUUAUAGAGAAGUUAUCAUAGGAGAUUAAAAUACAUGGAAUUCGGUUUACAAUAGCUGCAAAAUAUUUUCAAAAAACAGAAAUCCACUUGUGUGCGAUUCAAAUCUCCGCCUGGGCGCAAACAUCUUCUUUCGCCAUGUGACAGCGCCGUAGGCAUCCUUUGCUGUCCGCAUCCGAUUUCUCGUGUACAAAGCCGCUUGUCGUCAUCGCACGUGUCGCUGGGAAAGGCAAGUUGCGGUCCACUGCAAGGCACCUAUAGGUACGGCUAAGGGCACUAUAACUGUGCGAGCCGGCGCUAGAUUCGGAGUUGCAGUGGCUGUCGCACAGACGACGGAAGUUAUACCUUCACAGUAGUGGCGACAGCCUGUCACUGCCACUGCCACUCACUGUACCUUGCUGCACGCACUAGCCACAGCACAGCGCACGCUCCUCUCUGGCUGCCCCCGCCGAUUUGUAAGCCCGCCCACACUGCUAGCUAAGCUACCCUCUGUGCCCGCAAAGGACACGCCUUUUGAGGCGCGCCACCUGGUUUCCCCUUUACACGCCACUUCGCCAGCGUCUUAUCGACGACCACGAUACCAACGCCUCUGCUCCCGACGUCGCCCAUUUUCAGUACAGCGACGCGUCCAUUCGUUCAAUUGUCCUUUCUUGUUUUAUUAGGUCGCUAUACCGCAGCAUCCGCCCGCCAUGCAGCUCUCCAGCCUGGAGCUCAACGCCCUUCUCGCCACUGUCGUCUUCUUUGCCGUCCUCGCCACGGCUGAACACACCAGCAACUGGGCCGUGCUUGUGUGCACGUCGCGAUUCUGGUUCAACUAUCGCCAUCUGGCCAAUGUGCUAUCAAUGUACCGUACCGUUAAACGCCUCGGCAUUCCCGAUUCGCAAAUCAUCCUCAUGCUUCCCGAUGACAUGGCCUGCAACCCUCGCAACGCCUUCCCUGGCACCGUCUACAGCAACUCAGACCGUGCUGUAGACCUUUACGGCGACAAUAUCGAAGUAGAUUAUAGAGGAUACGAAGUCACCGUCGAAAACUUUAUCCGACUCUUGACAGAUCGCGUCGGCGCCGAGAUGCCCAGAAGCAAGCGCCUGCUAACGGAUGACCGAAGCAACAUUCUCAUCUACAUGACUGGUCACGGCGGAAACGAAUUCCUCAAGUUCCAGGAUGCCGAGGAGAUUGGCGCUUUUGACUUGGCUGAUGCAUUUGAACAAAUGUGGGAAAAGAAGAGAUACCACGAAAUGCUCUUUAUGAUCGAUACUUGCCAGGCAAACACAAUGUACAGCCGUAUUUACUCGCCCAAUAUUAUUGCCACUGGCUCGUCCGAGCUCGAUCAAUCUUCAUACUCGCACCACGCCGACAACGACGUUGGCGUCGCCGUCAUUGAUCGCUACACAUAUUACAACCUCGAGUUCCUCGAAACGCAGGUACGCGAUCUUAGCAGCCAAAAGACUGUCGGCGAUCUGUUUGACAGCUACGACUUCGAAAAGAUCCACUCGGACCCUGGCUUCCGUUACGACCUGUUCCCCGGAGGCGCCGACGCUGCGCGCAGCCGCCUCAUUACCGAUUUCUUCGGCAAUGUGCAAAACGUCGAGGUUGACCGAGCAAAGGACUCUGCGUUGGAAGAGGAUCUCCUUGGUCUUAGCAAGAAGAUCGCCGAGCUGCGCCGCAAGCACGAAGAGCUCCAGGCUGCGCAGAACAACGCCUCGUCAGUCCCCGCCAGCGCACCUACAGCACCCGUGCCACGCAAGACCCCGGGAGCCAUGCCCCUCAACAAGGAGAACUGGUUGAACAAGCAGCUGGUUGGCGGAACCGCUUUGCUGGGUUGCGCACUCCUCUGGGGAAUCGGGGCAUUCAUGGAGAAGUAACAGUCUUUCUUAGUUUACACUCUGAUGCAAAAACGGCGUUCUUUUGGGAAGGAUAUCGUGCAUUUGUCACGUCAUGACGGUUUACUCUGCCAAGCUUUGAUUUUUUUUAGAAUGAAUAUCAACAUUGUACAUUACAAGAUAU